AUGGUGCAUGUGAUCAACGCGUCAGCCACCUGCAAGUCGCCCCAGGUGAUCCGUGAGGCUUUGGAAGCGGAGGCUCGUGCGGAGAUCGUGGACAAGGUGCUCAAACCCUUGUUGGCCAUGGAGGGGCCUUUCGAGGAAGUGGGUCCUGGAUCCUGCCUUGAUGUGGAAGGGAAGGAGUACGACACCUUUGGCCACGAAGGCACAGUGACACUCAAGAGUUGCAAAGAUGCCUGCAUGCUCUUCACGGCACAGCAAUGCCAUGGCCUGACCUUUGCUGCAGGACGUUGCGAGCUGCGGAUGGAAGAUGGCUUUGAUCAGGCCUCACAGGACUGGAGCCUCUCCUGGGCUGAGGGCACUGGCCACGGCACCAUCCAGGCAAACAGUCCGAGUGGUGCCACCAGCACCAGGUGCUGGCGCCGCACGGACGGGGCGGAGCCGACCGAGCAGCCGAGCAACCACACGACCGAGCAGCCGAGCGGGAGCGUCUUGUCGGGAAUCAUGGACUGGCUGCCGGACAUGGGCAUCCUCUCAGGAUUAGGGAGCCUCUUUCGCUGA